ACAAACGGCUUGACGCAACACCAGGCCCAACACUGAUUAGGGUCGCGGUUGCGCGACGGAACACUUACGUAAUGAUCUAGAUAAUAACUGCUAAGGACACCUACCGAUUAGUAGAGAGCCAAAAGUUCCAACAUGAUCUUGGAGGCCGUUAUCUCCAUUUUUCUCCUCUCAUUGGGGUGGUGGUUCUUUCUUGCCCCUGCGACGCCCAAAAAUCUUCCCCCGGGUCCCCGUCCGUACCCUGUGAUAGGCAAUUUGACUCAGUUGGUAGGAAAAUCGAUUCACUUGGCCGUGACUGACCUCGCAAAGGAAUAUGGGAAGAUCCUCACGCUAUACUUACCGGGAGGUCAGCGGUGUAUCCUAAUAAAUUCCGUAGACCUAGCCCGUGAGGCCUUGCUGAUCAAGAAGGAUGAUUUCGCUGGGAGGCCUCGAACAUUCAUCGGAGAUUUUCUCACACGAGAAGCUAAGGACAUUUUCUUUGCGGAUUUCUCAAAAACCAUGAUUUUGCAACGGAAGCUGGUUCAUUCUGCUCUACGCAUGUACGGAAGCGGUCUCAAACAGCUAGAGGUGAGGAUCUGCGAUGAAGCAGGACGAAUGUUAGAUCGACUCUCCGCUCAUCAAGGAAAUGCGAUCGAUCCCAAAGAUGACAUCAGCCUAAUGGUUUUAAACGUGAUUUGCGCUGUUACUUAUGGAGAAAGUUAUGCACUCGACGACGAUGAAUUCCAGCGAAUUAUAAAGUAUAACGAUCACUUCAUUCGCCUUUUCAAAGGUUUUAACAUUCUCGAAAUGCUUCCAUGGCUGCGGUUUUUUCCAAUUGAAGAAAGUCGAAUCCUUAGAGAGGCAAAAGAAUUAAGAGACGCAGUCUUAGAUACCAAGUACCACGAACACAAAAAGAAGUUUGAAGAAAGUGCGAACAAAAAAGACAUAAAAAUCCAAGAUUUGACCGAUGCGCUCUUAAAAGCUUUUUACGAAGCGCAAGAAGAAGACGGAAAAAUUUCGCAGGUACUGACGGAGGACCAUUUGGUAAUGAUAAUAAAUGACGUAUUCAACGCUGGCAUUCAGUCCACUAUAGCGACGUUGCUAUGGUUACUAGCUUACAUGGUUAAUUACCCAGAUAUCCAAUCGCGCGUCCAUGCAGAAUUGGAUGAUGUCAUUGGUCGUGAUCGAAAACCGCGACUCGAAGAUCGAGGUCGUCUUCCUUAUUUGGAAAGUACCGUGGCAGAAGUGCUGCGUAUUGCAACCACCACCCCCUUAUCGAUCCCUCACAAGUCAACACGGAAGAGUUCGCUGGGGGGAUAUGACAUCCCCAAGGAUACAAUGAUGAUGACAAAUCUAUGGGCGAUUCAUCACGAUCCAAAGGAAUGGGAAGAUCCGGACGUGUUUAAACCCGAACGGUUUCUUGAUGUUGAAGGAAACUUCUCGGUUUCAGGCCCCAAUGGUUAUCGAAGUUACCUGCCUUUCAGCGCCGGAAGAAGAGUGUGUUUAGGCGAGUCGCUGGCCAAGAUAGAGCUGUUUCUAGUUACGUCCAGGCUUCUGCAUCAGUUCAAGUUCGAGCCAGCACCAGAGACACAGCUUCCCGAGCUUUCUGGUAUCGUGGGAGUCGUGCUUGUUCCCGAAUCUUACAAAAUUUGCAUAAAGAACCGGCACUAACUGACUUUGGUCAACCAUGUUAUAAUACCUUGCCAAUAGAACUGCAAGAACAAAUUUCGCGUAACCUGGGUCAUUGUAGCAAGAACUAUUUGGUUUGUUUUUUUACUGGACCUUAAUCACCACUUUUAACAAAAGGCUUAGUGUUACGUUAUAUGUUCACGUUGAGGGCAUAGAGUAAUAAUUUAACCCUCUACACCCUGACAUUAGUAUGUAUAUUAUCCAUGCAGUUUUUAUACAUGAUACUGAAACAUGGAGCCUUUGUUUAGCAA